AUGGUUCUCAACAAGUUAAUACCGACAGCUUUGGUCCUCUCGGCCUUUGCCAACGCUUAUAUUAGACCCCCUAUCACUGGUCAUGAUUUCGAUUUUAAAGCCGUCUACCCUUCAGGUCUUGAGCUCUCCACAAUGGCACCACCAAAGGGGAUCCUGCCACCAGAGGAGAUUCCACUUACAGAUCCUAUCUUGACACUGAUAAAUAUGGACGAGGAAGCAAAGGCGUCGCUCUACAUUGCUUUCCUCGAAAUAUCUCGAAUACCAACAACCAGCAUGCUCGAUGAUGUGCUCUACACGUUUCCAUGGACCCUGACCAAUUUAACAGUGCUAAGCAAUGGCACUUUAGCCGAGACAAACGACACCAAAUCUUGGCAUAUCCGCAACGAAAUCGACGGUGGAGAGGUCAGGAACGCAACAAUGCACGUCUGGAGGCAAACACCAGAGCUCACGGCGUGGAUGGCAGGCGAGGAUGCGAGGGUAACCAGAAUGCCAAGUUGGUAUACAAUUGCGAAGGUUUGGUCAAACACCACAGACAGGGUAUCGAAAAAUUUCCCGAAGGCGAAUAUCGAUUUCAAGAUACAGAACACAGCGGGUGACUACAGAUGCGAUGUGGAUAAUAGCGGUGCACCUAUCUCUGGGAUAUCAGUAGGGGCAACUACUUGUACUGGGGCGCCCACCAAAGUAGCGACCCAAACUUCCGUUAGAGUCACCACGACUCCUACCGGAGCUACAGCAACCGGGGAAGGAACGAAAUCAAAUACGGCCACUCAUGGGCAGGUGGGGGUUUCCUUCGGCUGGCCAGCAAUUGCUUCCUUUAUCUUGCUUCACAUAUUUGCGGCUUCCUCGAUAUGA